AUGCCGAUUGACCGCUUGGGACUCGGCGAGGCUACAGCCGGGAAUCAUACAAGGCUCAGUCUGAUUGGCCGGUUAUGGAAGCACCAUGCAGAACAUGGGGGUUACUUCAUCCAUGACCUUUUAGACAUGAUCUUCAACCAGAAGAUCAGCCAGUCCUGGGAGCUGGUUUUCCAUCACCUGGUGGUCAUCACCUGCUUCGGGAUUUCUGCUCUCAGCUUCCGCUACGUGGGCUUUGCGGUGGUGGCCCUGCUGGUGGAGAUCAACUCCAUCUUCCUGCACCUGCGGCAGAUGCUGCGCAUGUCCGGCCUGGCCAAGAGCACCGUGUACCGGCUGAACAGCAUGGUGAACCUGGGCACCUACGUGGUGUUCCGCAUCAGCACGCUGGCCUGGAUGACGCGAUGGCUGGUGCUGAACCGCAGCCUCAUCCCGCUGCUCAUUUACACGGUGGGCAGUGUGGGAAUGGCCAUUAUGACCGCGAUGAACAUCGUCCUCUUUUACCGACUGCUGCGCAGUGACUUCCUGAUAAGCGGCCGUGAAACAAGGAGGGAGAAGGAGAUGUAGGAGAAGAAGCCCCGCCCCCAUCUCAGCCUCAGCCCCCACCUCCUCUCUCAAGUCCCAGGACGAUUUGGCUCCACUCCUAGGAUAAUUCUGCUAGCAUUAAUACAUUAAUUAGUUUUUCACGGGCUUCUAAAAAUGACGACAUGAGCACAUGUUCAAAAUUUGCGCAUUAGAACCAUUCAGCACGAUAAUUGGAGGUGAAUAAUUUCCCAUCUUCAAAAAGAUGGAAAUCAAAGUUAUGUUCAAGUGAUGCUAAAUUCUUAGCAUGCGGGUAAAUGGGUAUCUUCGGUCCUUGUAUGCCUAAAUGAAAAUAUAUUUUCUAUACGUUUCAAGGAGAUUUGAAAUUACGUGCAUUAAUAAAGGCCGUGGUCAUCAGCAUAGUAGUUUAAAGGUAACAAUGAACUUUCCUAGAGUGUAUUUUUAAUACCAGCACUAAAAGAGAUUGCAGUGAAUCCUCUUAAUUUAAAUAUUUGUGCUACCUCAGAGGCGUGUUGUACAAGUGUUUUUUGUUUUUAAUUAGGCCUAUUACUCGUGGUGUUUUUGUUUCUACCUGUAAAACUAAGCACAAUGUUCACUGGUGUGUCUCCACCCGGUGGCAUCGCCUACGGACCUCAGGGCAGCAAACGCCGCGGGUUGGAUGGUUGGUCUGUCUGACAGGAAUGACUGGCCCUCGGCCGGCAGCGGAGUCCCAGCCCCGGAAAGCUGUACGUGCGGAUGCAGGCGCCGCGCACAUCUGCUGUUUACGUUACCGGCUGCACAAAGGGCCACACAUCCCAGUAACCACUAAUGAUUAGCCAGACAAUGCACCGUUCAGCCGACCACUUACUUAUUCGUACACAGCCAACUCCUUCCAGACCUGCUACGAAGAUAUAGUUAUAUCAUGUUCGAAUCCAUUCACAGCUUUUCUUGCAAAAAAAGAUCCUUAAGGACUUCCGUUGGCAGUAAAAAUCAACUAGUUAGGACAUUUAGUUGUGUGAGUGUUUGGCUGAGUGAAGCUACUCGUCUCGUGCUGCGACAGGACUCACGAGGAUCCAUAAACAUUAGAAAUUAAAGCGACCCGUAAUUUUCCCUUAGUUGUAAUUACCUUUUUGGUCACAGGGUGGUGCAUUGGCAUAGUGAAAAAUGUCUCAGCAGUAUUAUCGUUUUGUGAAACAAUAAUUUAGACGGCUCUGGUCCCAACUCUUUAUGUAGUCUAUUUAAGCCCCUUUGCCAUUUGUAAAUGUUCUUUUCUAUUUAUCUGUGUAAAUAAUUUUUUUCUAUUUUUAUGUAAUAGAUGAACUAAUUUGAAACGAGAAUAUACAUUUGACACAUUUUGUACUGAGUCUGAUAUAAUUAACUAUUUCGUCUUCAUGCGUUUUCAAGUGACUUAAGAUUUUGUGUUGAAUAUUGUUUAAAUUGCGUAUAAGAUUCUAGUCUUUAUCUCAAUUUAGUUUUAAUACUAAAUAAAUCACUAAAUGUAUAAUGUAUGUUUCUUUGUAAUGUAAGAGUUUUUGUUUUUACAUAAAAUAAUGACGAAUGAAA